UAUCAACACAAAUUUCAAUCCCCUUAUCCUACUCUCUCUCGUUUCCUCUUUCACUCAUCUCUCAAAUUCUCUUUAGCUCUUCCACUACAAUGGCUUCCACAUUAUCCACAAUUACCCUUCGUUCUCCCUCUCACAUUGCCCCCCAAUCCGCACACCCUUCUGUUUCUUUCCCCACCAAAAACCUACAACUCCCUCUCCUCACUCCCAAACUCCACCACCGCCGCGCCAUCUUCGUCCGCCCUAUCGCCGCCGUAGAGGCACCGGAAAAAGUCGUUACCCUCGGUGAUGAAAUCUCCAAUUUAACCCUAGCUGACGCCCAAAAACUCGUCGAAUACCUUCAAGACAAACUCGGUGUCUCCGCCGCAUCCUUUGCUCCGGCAGCCGUAGUCGCCGCCCCUGGGGCCGGCGCAGCCGAUGCACCGGCUGUAGUGGAGGAGAAGACGGAAUUUGAUGUUGUUAUUGAUGAAGUGCCGAGUAAUGCUAGAAUUGCGACAAUUAAGGCUGUUAGGGCUUUAACUAGCUUGGCUUUGAAAGAAGCUAAGGAAUUGAUUGAAGGAUUGCCUAAGAAAUUUAAGGAAGGCGUUUCCAAGGAUGAGGCUGAAGAAGCUAAGAAACAGCUCGAAGAAGCUGGUGCUAAAGUUUCUAUUGCUUAAUUAAAUUUGUAGUAAAUGUUUAUUCUUGUUUGUGUUUUCGCAAGAGAACUCAGUUGUUAGAUAUACCCAAUUUUCUAAAGUUAAGAUUUUUUACCCGUCUUUGCUUA